AUGGGUUUGAAGAUGGCUGAAUGCGAACCUCCAGUCCUAGACUAUUACUCCGUAUCCGAAACCUCCUCGACCACGCUCUCCUCCUCCCACACCUCACAAGAGUCUCUCGAGCCAGCAUUCCUACCCUACUGGGCCCGAUACGAGACAAAGUGCGCCCAAAACCUACUAGACUACUCCCCGGAGCCGAUCGAAUACGACCACGAGGACGAAGACUACCGCGACAACUGCUUCUUCUUCCCAGAAGACUGUUCCUGGACACCCCCGCACGAAUACAGGCAACCUUGCCUCAGAGAGGACCAACACCAAAUCCCUAUCUCAACACAACCACCCACAAUGAUCCCAGGCCUCCCAGAUAUCAAAAUGCUCGACGCAGAAGCACUAAGCGACCUCCUCGAAGAUAAUCUCUCCCCACCAGAGAUAACAACCAUAAUCGUUUUCGCAACCAACGGCGCCGUCUUCGCCCACGGCUCAACCCUUUCCUCCCGCCAACUCCGCAACCUAAGCGCCACCUACGGCGCCGCAUACACCUGCUACGCCAAAAGCGCAUCAACAGGAAACCUGACAGGCGUAAACCCAGCCAGCCACCCCUCCUCCUACGUAACCGCCAAAUCAAUGUCCCUAGGCGACGUCGGUUCCAUCGUCUUCGAACUAAACGACUCAGUAGCAGUCGUGACUCGCAUCGCAGACAAAGUCCUAGUAGCUGCAGUCGGUCCUUCCAAAGCUACAGAAUCACAAGAUUUCCCUGGAACAGACGCACCUACAACUCCAGACGAACGCACGCCUGCGCCUUCACCUGGUUUGGAUGGGAAUGAAAUUGAUCGGACGGCUGACUUGGCCCGGCUGGCUAGUUUGAAUCUCUCUGCUUCGCCGGCUGUCUUGUUAGCGCUGGAAUCGAAGUGUGCGGCUCUAGCUCGCUUUUUGGGACAGAAGUUGGAUGAUUUGGAAAGUCCGGAGGAUUUCUAG